AUGCAGGUUGUUGCUGUAUUUGACUUCAAAGCAAAGAGUGAGUAUUGUAAAGCAGUGUCUCCCAAUGACAGCAGGAUUGAUUAUGGACCUCGCAAUAAAGCCCCUCAUUCCUUCAAAGACCUUGGACAGCCAAUCCGUCUUCAGGUGAUAUUCGCGAGUGCGCGCCCUGAGCAUCGGAAGAAAUCCAGGAGAGUACUCCGUACUCCGUAUUGCACUCAAAAGCCACAGGUUACAUCAGCCUUUUCAGCAACGCCCUGGGUUACCCCGAGGAAAUUAGGGCUAGAGCAUUCGCCUGCUGGAAGUUGCUACAUGAGUGGAUCAGCCCAAACAGUUGAGUGUCCGCUCAGCGUGGUUUUUACAAAAGGACGUUCUUGGAGGGAUCGUGGUUAG